GGAGCGGCGCGGUGCCCGCAGCCUCGUCUCUGUGGAUCCCAUCGCGUUACUCUGCUCCGCUACGGGCUGUGGUCUCACCGCUGCUCCUAGUCUCGGUCCCGAGCCGGGUUUUGGUUCCGAUCCGUCCUGCCGCCAUGCCGUUCUUGGGGCAGGACUGGCGCUCCCCUGGUCAGAGCUGGGUAAAGACGGCUGACGGCUGGACGCGGUUCCUCGAUGAGAAGAGCGGCGGCUACGUGGGCGAUAUCAGCAGCUUUCGUAAAAAGGACGAUCAUAACAAAGAGAAUCUCUUCAACAGCCUGAACUAUGAUGUUGCUGCCAAGAAGAGAAAAAAAGACCUGCUGAAUAACAAAGCCAAGAUUCAAUAUUUCCACCAGGAGAAGUGGAUCUAUGUUCACAAGGGGAGCACAAAAGAGCGCCAUGGUUACUGCACCUUGGGAGAAGCCUUCAACCGGCUUGACUUCUCCAGUGCUAUCCUGGACUCCAGGAGAUUCAACUAUGUUGUGAGGCUGUUGGAGCUGAUAGCAAAGUCGCAGCUGACGUCACUGAGUGGCAUUGCCCAGAAAAACUACAUGAAUAUUUUGGAGAAAGUGGUGCAAAAAGUCCUUGAAGACCAGCAGAACAUCAGGUUAAUACGGGAGUUGCUGCAGACCCUCUAUACAUCCCUCUGCACCUUAGUUCAACGGGUGGGCAAGUCUGUCCUGGUUGGAAACAUCAACAUGUGGGUGCACCGCAUGGAGAGCAUUCUCCACUGGCAGCAGCAACUGAACAACAUUCAGAUCACCAGGCCUGCUUUUAAAGGAACCACUUUUACAGACCUGCCAUUGUGUUUGCAACUGAACAUCAUGCAGCGACUGAGUGAUGGGAGAGACCUGGUCAGCCUUGGGCAGGUAGCUCCUGAUCUGCAAGUGCUCAGUGAAGACCGGCUGCUGUGGAAGAAACUCUGCCAGUACCACUUCACAGACAGACAGAUUCGCAAGCGGCUAAUCUUAUCUGAUAAGGGACAGCUGGAUUGGAAGAAGAUGUAUUUCAAGCUCAUAAGGUGUUACCCACGGAAGGAGCAGUAUGGUGACACACUGCAGCUGUGCAGGCACUGCCACAUCCUCUCCUGGAAGGGUACUGAUCACCCUUGCACGGCCAACAACCCGGAGACUUGCUCCACCUCUCUUUCGCCACAAGACUUUAUCAACUUGUUCAGGUUCUGAACUCAGGUCACGGCAGCUCACGCGAUUUUUUUACAGGACACUUUAUGCCACUGAGCUUGGACACUCCAUUUGUAAAUAGUGUAAAUAUCCAUGUCUGUUUGAAGCUCCUGAGUCAAGGAACAAGAGGAUCUUGGAGACGAAAGGUGAAAUCGCUCGCUGAUGCGCAGCACUCGAGGAAUACAGACUUCCGUAGGACUGGUGCAUAAAUGCAGCGUGUUGUACAGAGUCCCUUUUUUAUGAUCUGAGUACAAGAUACAGGGCAAAAAAACUUU